AUGGAGGCAGGUGACUUUGUACCUUCUAUUCCCAUUAACCCAAAUAAUUUCCCGGCCAAGCUUUGGCGCCUAGUGAAUAGUCCUCUGUACAAGUCCAUUUGCUGGGAUUCUCGUGGAGAAGGGGUCCUCAUAGAUCAGCAGCUCUUUGAAGCUGAGUUGCUUUCGGCAUCAAAAUCAAUGAACGAGUCCAAUGAGCUCUUUAAAACAUCCAAUUUCACCAGUUUUAUACGUCAGCUCAAUCUAUAUGGCUUCAGAAAAGUGAUGUUGGGUGGUGGUAGCAACACUGGCUCGUUUCAUCCCGGCGGAGACUUGGGUGCUGGUGAUGGGCAACUUCAUUACUUUCACAACAUCUACUUUCGCAAAGACAAUCCAGACUUGUUGGUCAAUCUAAAAAGACUGACCAGCACUAACAAGGCUAAGCUAGCAGCUGGUCUCACAGUUAAUUCAAGGCCUCCAAACCGCUUUCAAAGACUGCUCACCAGCUCUCUGGAGCAAAGUAAGGUUGAAGAGCAGGGUAAGUUUAUGGAAUUGAUUGGAUUAAACAACACGUUUGCUAUCCAAAAUUAAAGACCAUAGUUACAAUUCUUUUUUCUGCACAGUGUGUGCAAGUUGACUUUAAAGGAUCACUAUAGGGUCAGGAACACAAACAUGUAUUCCUGACCCUAUAGUGUUAAAACCACCAUCUAGCCCCCCUGAGCCCCUCAUGCCUCCAUAAAUAUAGCAAAAUCUUACUGUACUCAAGCCAGAAGCUGUAACUAUGCAUGCUAUUUGCCUAAAAAAUAAACAGCAGUCUGUUGACAUCAUCAAAAGUGGUGGCCAGAUCCAAUCACAGUGCUUCCCCAUAGGAUUGGCUGAGACUGACAAAGAGGCAGAUCAGGGGCAGAGCCAGCACAAUUCAAACACAGCCCUGGUCAAUCAGCAUCUCCUCAUAGAGAUGAAUUGAAUCAAUGAAUCUCUAUGAGGAAAGUUCAGUGUCUGCAUGCAGAGGGAGGAGAUACUGAAUGCUUGGAUGCAUUUUAGGUAGCCAUGACCCAGGAAGGAUCUCUAACAGCCAUCUGAGGAGUGGUCAGUGAAGUUAUCACUAGGCUGUAAUGUAAACACUGUAUUUUCUCUGAAAAUACAGUGUUUACAGCAAAAAGCCUGAAGGUAAUGAUUCUACUCACCAGAACAAAUUCAAUAAGCUGUAGUUGUUCUGGUGACUAUAGUGUCCAUUUAAGCAAAACAAUACACUGUGUAGUUUAUUUUUGUUAUUACUAUUACAUAAUACCAUAAACAUAAAACAUAUGUUUCUUUGUGGGAAAUGGACAUCAUAUCAGUGUGUUUACUGCUCUGCAGUAGCUCACAAUAUGAGCACUCAUAUGCACUAGCCUCCCAUCAAGAUUGAUGAUCCCAGCCAAGGAGGUGGUGCCAGCCGCGGAGAGAGUGGUGUGGGUUAAAGGGUAAGUAAUAGUUUGGUAACCCAUGUGGUGGGGGCUGGUCACCUACAUUGUGAUUAGGACACUAUUACGUUUGGAGCACACAAGUGUUCCUUAAAAUAUUCACCCCCUCUUCAGCAUUCCAGGAACAUGAUCCUCAGUCCGUGAAAAAAAUCAUAUCUCACCUCCCCUAGAUAUGUAUUUAGCCCUGCUUAGAGAUUCUUCAUCAAACAAGGCAAUCCUUCCUCAAGCUGCCAAUAUGCUGGUGUUCCUGCCAGUACACCAGUGUCAAAAUACUGCAGCAUCUCAUGCUUGCUAAAGGAAUAUCACACUAACUAGAGGGCCUGCUGUUAUGGAGAGCUCGAGAACCACCUGUAAGAGGGUUCACCUGCUCUCCUCUGUCAUUCAUUCCUUGGCUUAGUUCUCUAUGCUAAAGAACUGAUUCACAGGCAUACUUGUAUAUUACUCUAUUAAAAACAUACAUACAUUUGCUAGCAAUUCUGCUGACACAAUGUAUAGAUACAAUUUGUUGCAGUUUCAUUUACUAUUACAUAGUGGUUACUGUAACUAAUAGACUUUAACCCCUUAAGGACACGUGACAUGUCAUGAUUCCCUUUUAUUCCAGAAGUUUGGUCCUUGAGGGGUUAAAGGGGAUCUACAGUGUCCCCCUCCCGCAGCGCUGAAUGGGUUAAAACCCCUUCAGUCACUUAUCUGAAUCCAGCACCGAUGUCUCUUGGCGAUGGGUCAAGCUUCGCCCAUACACCUCAUACGUCGGCAGGGGAGACCUAAUGCGUUUGCACGACAUUGAGGGCAUUAAUCAAUGCUUUCCUAUGGGAAUUCUGGUGACGCUGGAAGUCCUCAUGCAUAGAAUUAGGACAUCCAGCGUCAUUUAGACAACCAAAUUCGUCCAAGCACCUUGAAGUCCCUCUAGUGGCUGUCAGGUAGACAUGUCAGAAUGUCAUGUUAAAUAAUUUUAGCCCUCAUAGUGCCGUAUAUUAUGUGGGCACAUUCCCACAUAUGCCACUAUGGAAGAAAUGCCACAGUUAAAUGGGACAAUUAUGUUGCCCUGAACGCAUAAGUAUGUAUGGAUGUAAUUUCCUGGUUCUGUGUCAAAGCAUUUUCAAUUGGUUUGGUAAACGAUGAGGGUCGCCCAAACACCUGUUGACCAGUCCUUUGUUUGCCAUAUUGCAAAUGUGAUAUUUACACUUAGAAUUUUUUCCAUUGUUGUAUGACAGUGAUAAGCUGUGAGUGUCAGUUGACAAACUGAAUCUAUCAUUGCCGUCCAUCUACAGACAAAAUGCAUAUUGCUAAAUCAGAAAUGUAAAUUAAGGUGUGGUAAUCAUACCAGAAUAGGUGAUUCUUUAUUUUCCUUUCUCUUUUACAUGAGCAGCUUUUACAAUCAUGGUUUGAGGGCAUUACUGGCAUAAUGCUUCUUACCUGUUUACUGAAAAUCCCUUUGCUUCCUGCAUUGAGCAGAGCCAUAACGUCCUGGACGUUUUACUUGCAUUUGCAGGUUAUGGAAACUCUUAAAAUCAAAUAUGUUAAUUGGCUCCUCUGAGUUUUCCUGGACUCUUCUAUCUUAGCCUUUCAUUCUUCUGUUUAUGUCACUAUGGCAUAUCUAGUGACCAAGGAGCGGGAAAAGCCUGGCAAAGUGCUUUUUAAAGAGGAUUUCUUAUUCUUUAUGACAUGAUUGCACUCUGAGAGUUUAUUGGUUGAUUAGACUGUUCCAAUGGAGAGUUAAAUGGACAUUCUAAGCACCAAACAACUUUAGCUUAAUGAAGUAGCUUUUUUGUAUAAACCAUACCCCAUGCAUUCUCGCUGCUCAAUUUUACCACUACAUGAUGCUUCAUAUUUUGCAUAAACCUUCUUUACUUAAAACUCCAGCAGCAUAGAUCAAUCAUAAAAUUAAACCAAUCAGAAAACAAAGAGUUAUGUACAAUAAAUAGCCUUGUGUUGCUUGACUCCUCCUCUUUCUUUGCUGCUCCUGCUGUGCACAGGCCAGAGUAUUGAAUAUCCUACUUUUAUUUGAUUGUUUUAUACUGUUCUCCUAUUGUUUUACCAUCUAAGUUGUACCUAUUUGUUAUACCUUUUUAUUGCCUUUCUCACAGUCCCUGCUACUCCUUCCUACUAACAUUUUUCACCUUUUGAUGUUUAAUCACCCUUCUGCUACUCCCUGCCUGUCUGUAUCUCCUGACACUUCGUGCCGUGGCCGGCUCGUCCUCGCGCAUGGCGCGAUUCUGUUUUUCCCCUUAUUGUGCUUUACUGUCUGGGCUGGCGGUGUUUGGGUGGCAGGGACCCGGUUACCACAUUCUGCAGGAAUUGUUUUCCGCAUGUCCUUGUUCGUGGUGGCCAUCUUGGAUCUCUUCUCAGGCGGACAUACACAGCCUAACCGCAAGCCUGCUUCUGUGACAGGAUCAUCUCCAGGAUUAACCCCUGCGCUGCUUUUAGGGAUUCCUCUGGUGGUGGUCUUUGCCGUACUAUUAGGGUGAGCCCUUUUAUUCUGAGAACUAUCUAAGUAUUCUGAGGGCAUUACUAGGUACCAUAAUCCAUUUGGGAAUCCCACCUGCUCAUACUGACGGUCUAGAUCAGCUUGCCUGGUACCUCCCGCCUGGAACAAACAGGGUUAACACCUGCAUUUCUGGAGGCUUUCAGCACCCCCUUCUGCUUCAGGGUGAAAGUCCCUGACAUAUUGGCCGCUCUCCACGACCGGCAGUGAAGGGUGAACCCUGACACUCUUUUAUCGACACUGUCAUCCAUGUAGGUGUCUCUGUGUUUGGCACCACAUGGUUGGCGUACCCCGAUUGUACUACUAGGGGAAUCCCCUUAAGGCUUUGUCUGCCUGCACCGAUUCUAAUUCAUGUCCUCUCCUCCACAGGACAAUCCCGACUCUAUGAUUAGUGACACGUCACCACAAACCCAGGAUGUUCAGUCCAUGAUCAACGCUGCAGUGCCAGCAUUUGUGGAGAAAGCCCUCUCCAAAAUGCUCACACAACCUCCUCCUGAGGUAACUGCUCCAAACACGAACAUGUCCCCUCCACAGGACGAAGAUGCAGGGGGUUCUGAGGUGUCCGCUAGAGAUCUUCUUUCCAUCUUCAAACACCACCGGACGGGUGUCUCGUUCUCAGUCAGGCCUAAAGGGAAGGAGGCAGCCAAGCGCACUAAAUGGGUGACAAGACUUGAACCCCUUCCUCCCAUGCUUUCUUCUGCAGAGGACAAUAACUACCCUAUCACACUGGAUGUCCUGAAUGAGUGGCGGGAGGACGAUUCCAAAUACAUGAAAGAGUCUUUUGCAUCCAACCCCUCCCCACAGGGGAUAUCACAAGACCUCUCCUCCCGGGAGACAGAUGGCAUAUUCCUGGACACCCACGGAUGUCCUUUGUUCGAUCCUCGAACCAUCAGAAACCUGAUGUCUUCGGACUGGAGUCUACCGCACCACCUGGCGCAGUUCGUGCAUUUCUGGAUGCGCAAACCUCUAGAACGAAAGGUCAGGGUUAGACUAACUACGGGCUGAAUGCCCACGACCCUCUCUGCUCGACAAGAUUAUGAUAACGCCUUCCACACAUUGAUACUGUACAUGGGUCCUCUCCUGAUAGACCUCUUUGCUUCGCAGAUGAAUUGCUUCCCGGAUUCUUCAGUUGGCUUUCGAUCCUAAAAUGCGAAGCAGUGGACGCAUUUCUCCAAGUGUGGCCGACCCAAUGGGCAUAAGCGUUCGCUUCUCUUGCUCAUUCCUCUAUGGCCGAGCUGGUUUCCGGACCUAUUGGAACUCUUUCACUCUAACACCCUCUGCUCUUGCCUACCUUCCCAUUCCUCCAAGGGGAGACGCAUCCAUUCAUACUUCAAGACAGCUCCAACUCAGGGCCUGGAUGUUUUCAGGGUAUCAUGGGCUAUCGAUGGACUAUUGCAAAUGGGUAAGGACCUGCUGUUGGAUUUGUGGGCUCCAGGCACUAGACGGUGUUACCUUGCAGCAUGGAACAAAUGGUCUAGCUGGUGUCUGGAGACUCAGAUCCCUUUACAGCCCCAGUUACCUUAGUCUUGAAUUUCCUCUCUUCCCUUUUUUCGUCAUGUUAAUCCUACCGUUCGGUUAACGUUAUCGGCAAUCUUGGCAGCUCACGUUCCUACUCCAGGACGCCCAGUUGAACAGGAUCCCUUGGUUUGUUGCCUCAUGAGAGGCAUACAAUUAUCAUGAACCCCUGCUCUGAAGUAUUUGCGUCUCUUAAGGACUUGCCAGACAACGCAUCGCUGUUUUUACGCCAACUAUCGGCAAUACUAACUUUAUUGCUAUGUCUGGUUUCCUUCUGUCAGAUAUCUGAUGUUAGGGCUCUUGACGUGGACGGUUUAUCUUUCUUACCUGAGGGUGUUUCCUUUUCGGUAUCUCAUCGCACAAAGACAAAUUCUUUUAUCCGUUUUUUCCUUCUGCUCCCCAUCUGUGUGUAGUUAAGACUUUGUGAAGGUUACCUCUUCACUUCACCAUUCUGCUUUGGGAUAACUACUCAUAUCUUAUGUACAGCCAAAUAGACACGUUUCAUCUACAACUCUCGCGCAAUGGUUUCGAUGGCUGUUGUCUCUAGCAGGCCUCAAAUCCUCAUUCAGAGCGCACUCUAUACGUGAUGCAGAAGCGAUGCAAACUUUUUCGUCGACUGACAUUAUGCGUUCUGCUGACUGGGCUCGCGAAGAUACGUUCCAGAUUUUCUACUUCCGUCCUGCUUCUCAUACUUCUUUGGCUCUUCUUUCAUAGCAUUAAAAAUAAAAAAUAUGAAGCCUCCUGUCAUGUGGUAGAUUAUGCUAACGUAGUGUACCUAUAAUCUUAAUUUUAGUAAUGACAGGAGGCGAAUAUUUCCCUCGUUUCCACCCCUCUCUUUGUCUGUCUCUUUAUUUACUUGUAUUACUUUGUUCGUUUUCAGUUUACGUUAUGUUUCGCUGAUCCAUAUUGGUAUUGAUUCUUAUAUAUAAUCUAGUUGUAAUUUAAAUAGAUUGCUUGGUGUUCAUAACUGUUUUGUUGGUCAUUUCAUUUUAUCUUUCACUUCUUUCUGUUCUUUUCAGUAUGAAAAUUGGCAUUAUAACUGGGAUCUGGACAUCAUAUCGUUCCUGUUAAAGAUGUACUUUUGGCCUACCUUUGAUUUAUAUAGUUAUUUGGUUCUUCAUUGUUGAUUCCUGUUUUGUUGGACUAUUAGUUCGCUUCACAGAAAGAGGAGGAGUCAAGCACCACAAGGCUAUUUAUAGUACAUGACUCUGUUUUCUGAUUGGUUUAACUUUAUGAUUGAUCUGUGCUGCUGGAGUUUUAAGUAAUGAAAGUUUAUGGAAAAUAUUUGCCUCCUGUCAUUACUAAAAUUAAGAUUAUUGGUACACUACGUUAGCAUAAUCUACAAUUCUCCGCCAUUUAAGAGUUAAAUUGCUUUGUUUAUGCAGCACUAGGCACACUUCCCCUGUCUGAGGUGAUCAUCAUUUAAUAUAUUAUUGUCCAUACAAUGCAAAAUGUUUAUAUAAAUAAAUGAUUCAAAUGUUUCCCUGAAAAAGUAAUACAAGAACUAAAAAAAAAUUUAAUCGGUGUAAACGUAUACAUAUACAUACGUUAUGUCAAAAUGUAACUGACAACCAUAGAUAAACCUCAAUAUUUUGGUAUGUCUAUUUCAAGGUGGGAUGAAAUUCAUAAUUUACAUAUAUUUUUUUAAAUUGUGACUUUGUUAUUGCAUUAGGUCUGCAUUAAAAAAAAUAAUGCAGAUAGUGUCUGCCUCCUUAACUGACAUCAUCAGAAUUGACAAUUUCAGCUAAUCCAAUGCUUUCCUAUGGGAAAACAUUGUGAUUGGCUGAGAUCAUCACUUCUGAUUAUGUCAGCCAAGGAGGCAGACACUAUCUGCCUCCUGAUCAGGAGGCAGAUCAGGGGCAGAGCCAGCACCAGGAGACUGGAAUAAAAGUAAGAUGUUACUAUAUUUAUGGGGAGGGGGCAGGGGGCUAGAUAGUGGUUUUAACACUGUUUGAUCAGAAAUACCUGUUUUUGCUUCUGACCCUAUAGUGUUCCUUUAAUGUCUCCCAUGGGGGCCACAGAUCUAUACUACCAGAUGUUUGCAUGAACACACAAAUCCAUGUUCCUAUACACACAGACACAUACAAAAUAUUACACACAGCUACAAACUUCCACACACACAACUGCACAUUCCCAUACACAAACAAUAUAUAUGCUCCUCAACAGCAACCAUAGUGUGGCCAAACUCUCAGUGCGGUUGCUUACAUGUGUUGUAAGCACUGGUCAGUCUCUUCAUUGAAGUUCUGGAAUGCAACAGCAGAAUGGCGUAAUUUUACUAAUGAGGCUGGACGCAGCACACACCUCGGGCAAACACAGCAUGCCAGCCAGCAAGCCAACACAACCACAGCAAAUUAGGGUGAAAAUGCAGACCUGGUAAUCCAGGGCACAUACAGAAAUGUGUGUAUGGGACUCAGACAAACCUCUCUACUUUAGAAUAGGUGUCCACGGCCACAUUAGAAUUUUACGAGGGCCUAAAUUAGCCCACUGCCUGUAAUUUGAGCCUACUAACUUAGAGUCUUCAAGUUUAAAUAAAACUAUUUUAAACUUAUCAUUUUUUUAAACGUACAAUGUGCAGCUGGUUGAGGUAUUUUGUUAUCAGCUUUGCUGGUAAAUUAGAUAAAUGCAAAUGUUAAAUUAAACUAUCACCUGAUACAAUUUAUAGUAAUAUAGAUGAAUCAUAGAUAUACUGUUUUCUAAUUGUACAGGCCCAGUGACGCUUGGUCAGAUUCGCCAUCCUAUUCAACAAGAAAACAUAUCUCCAUUCUCUGCAUCUCAUAGCCAUAUUGGUUUUCCAUUUAAAGGCUUGGAUCGUACCCCAAUUCCUCCACGGACAUGGUCAAAUCCCUUUGGUCUGCUGCAAGGACAGGAACCCCCGCCACACUUUCCUGAAAAACGCAUCCUCUUUCCUAUCCUGCAAAGGUUCCCAACUGAAGUGCCAUGUGCAAUCCCACCUACUGCUACUGCAAUGCAUGGCCAGCAGGGUCCCAACAACAUUUCAGGGGGAAUGCAGAAAUAUGGAAGCUAUGCCUCAUCCGCUGUGCAGUAUCCCCCAGCAUACUACCCAACAGGUAAAUUCUACUCCUUGGAUCAUACCUUGGCCAUCAUGUUUAAUUUCACUUUACAUGUUUAUUCAUUAUAAUAGCUGAAAAAAUUAUAAAUGGCAUUAGUUAGCAGUAACCACCCUAAGCCUUUGCUAAGGUGCUAUUUAUUAGGACCAAGUUCCACUCUCCUGUUUUUUUUGCCUUCUGGAGAUCCAGUCAGCUCCUCCACCAGUAGACAGUAUGUCUACAUUCCAGAUCUACCUGGAGUACCUUGGCCAGCCACCAUCAAACGUUAGUCACUUUUCACAAUUAUGAGUGCAAGAGCAGUCAAAAUUUAUGGAUGUGCAGUUGCAGUAAAUAUGGUCACAUUCCUAGGUAUAAUGUCUUUUUUAAUGUGACCAUUCUGACAUACAUAUGGGUUCUUGUUGCUGUUGUGCUACAGUUCCUGACAAGUAGUUCCUGAGAUUCCUUUGGACUUGAAGUUACCAACCUGAUGCCUGCCUGCGUAAAAUGCCUCUGUUGCUUGACCCAAUAUGUUUCUGACUACACUAUCAGCCUGACUCCUGUCUCAUUAAAAUGAUAUUCUUUCUGACACUCCUGUCUGUCUCAACUGCUGUAAUUGUAAUCCCAGUCGUCCUGGUGACAGUGCUAUUACAGUCUUAUAGUGUAAGUUUACUACCCACCCUGCCCUUUGUAUACAUCAUCUGUUCAUGAGCCAUCAGCAAAGUCCAGGGUCCAGUCCCUAAACUAAGAAUUGUGGAGAACUGAUGAGGAAAUUGCAAUUUUAGUCUUAAAUACAUAAUCUGUACAAUAACCAAAUUGGAAGAUUAUUCAAAUUAAUCUAAUCUGUUUUAAAUUGGCAGUCCCCAUGUAGGUUCUUCACAAUUCCAAUUUUAGUGAAAAGCGGAUGUAGUCCACAUCUUUCUUGUUUUUUCUUGUCGUCCAAUACGAUAUUGCAGAUGUAUCCUUUUAAAGCUAUUUGGUAUAAAGAGAAUAUAUUUUUGCUUAAUAUCUGCCUUUUGUAGUUUGUGUGGCCUGCUUUCUCACAAAUAGUUUGCCAUUUUAGGUCGGACUGGUCAUUUGGGCCAUUUGCAUAUUUUUCACAUAAUCCACAUUUGUGCCUGGUCUGGUAGCUGGCAGAGGAUGUAGGAGGAAAGGGGGUGGGAAGACAUUGUGCCAAACUAGAAUUUAAGAUUAAAAGGACCAACUAAAUGAGGGGAAGGUUGCAUUGAUUCCGAUUAUCAUAAGAGGCAGAAAAAAUGUAAAAGAAAUGUUGACGUUUUUAAAGGGGCAAUAAACAACACACCCACUAGUGCUUAUUGUAGGGCUUAAAAUGCAAACAUAUGUGAAUCCUUUUGUAGCUCUUUCAUGGUUUGUUUGUGUUUUUGUUGUCAGCUAUUCUCCAGUGCUACCCAUCUCCAGCUCACAUGGAAUAUCUGGCUAGUUGUGCCAACCCUGCUGUGCCUUCAUACCAGCAUUGUGGCUACUUUCAGGUAAGUGCAAGAUUUUAUGACAGUUUUUUUAUUUAGUUUUAAUAUCAGGCUGAGUUGUCACAUCAUAAAUAAAUAUAAAAUGUAUAUCUGAGUCAUAAACAGCAUAAUUAGACAUUGUAGAAUAGGUACAAUAAUAGUAAUGUGGAGCAUAUAACAUAGGAUUUACAAGUAGAACUGGAGAAAAAAGAGGGGGAAUCAGGUAAAAAAUACAAAAAGCAUAAAGCUGGUGUAGAGAUAUGACCACUGUGCCAAGUGGAAAGGGGAACAUUUUAAUUAUACGCAAAAGGUCACUUUGCAGCUGGCACAACUGCUCCUCUUAAAGCGGCACUGUCGUGGCCGAAUCCAAUUUACCCCCCGACUCUAAUUGUCCCCCUAGUCAGCCCCAAAUGCCCCUAAGCCCCCCAUAUUACGCCAUCUUUGCGUGGUCAGAUGAAGUCCCUGUGGGACACAUAAUCUGCCAACACUAGAUAGCGCUGUGUUAAACACUUGGGCAUUCACUAUUGUCCGAAAUUUGGACAGGAAUUUCAUAUAUUCAUUAAUUCGUCAGAAAGACAAAGGAAUGAAUAGAAAUUUCAAAAGAACAAACAAACACUGAAUAUCGGUUUGUUCGUUCAGUUUAUUACAAGGAGGGAGCUACUGGCUCACAGCUCCAUCCUUAUAUUAUGUAAAAAUAGAAGCAGCAGGGAGUAGUGCUCCCCACCACUUUCUAAGCCCCCCCAUGUCCUCCCUCACUCUAUGAGGGUUAAUAUGACCCUCACAUUAGCAUAAGGGAGAUUGAAAUAAUUUGAAUGAAAUUUCGAACCAAACUUAAAGUACUGAAUGUUAUCUUAAAGGGACUCUCCAGUGCCAGGAAAACAAUCCGUUUUCCUGGCACUGCAGGUCCCCCCUCCCUCCCACCACCCAUCCCUGGUUGCUGAAGGGGUGAAAACUUACCUGAGACCCCCGCCGAUGUCCCUCGGUGGUGGUUUCGGGUCGCCGCCCUCCUCCCCUUCAUCACGUCAGUCGGCGGGGGAGACUGAUCCCGCCCGCCGGCUGAGGAGACUUAAUGCGCACACGCAUUAGAGCUCUCCAUAGGAAAGCAUUUAAAAUGCUUUUCAAUGCUUUCCUAUGGGGAAUUGAGCGUCGCUGGAGGUCCUCACACAGUGUGAGGAUGUCCAGCGACGCUCUAGCACAGAAAACCUGUGCUAUGAAUCAGGAAGUGCCCUCUAUUGGCUGUCUGAUAGACUGCCACUAGAAGAGGAGUUAACCCUGCAAUGUAAUUAUUGCAGUUUAUGAAAAAUAAUUACAGCUGCAGGAUAAGGGGUAGUGGGAGUUGGCACCCAGACCACUCCAAUGGGCAGAAAUGGUCUGGGUGCCUGGAGUGUCCCUUUAACAUGAAUGAACAAACUCUUCUCAUUCUGUUAGGUCGAAAUUCGGUAGUUUCGCUGGCGUUCUGUCUAAAUGACAGGAUCUUCGGGAAUAGUGAAAGCAGGUAUCGCAAGAUCACAUAGGAAAGGUGAGAAUUGUGAGAAAAUGUAUCUGACCCACAAUAAGCGGGUCAGAGCAGGUCAAGCGUUGAAAAAAUACAUAAGAUAAAGUAGUCCCUACUUUUUCUUAUUUUAUAAAGAAAACUAGAGCAGACAGGGAGAAACGGAGAACAGAUCCCGAGAGAGGGAGAAAAGAGGAAGCAAUUAGGGAAAGGUAAGUUCAGCAUGACAGUGCUGCUUUAAUUUCAAUUACCUAGUUCUCAUGAACGCGUUCUUUGAGUUGGGUUUACUAUGUGCAGUUUCUGGCAUUGAGCUGCAUUUGGAACAUAAUAGUAUAUUACAAUCCCUCUAUUCCUUGAGCCACUCACCUUCACUUCUGUGAUUUUCUCCAUUUGAAAGCAUUUCACUUGGCUCCCACCCUUGUUCUGCAAUGUCUUACAUACAUUUUGACAAACUCCCUGACUGACGACAGGAAGAGAGCAACUAGAUCACAGCGUCUCUUUUAUUUUCUGUGUCCCUUCAAAAUCUGUCGGGGGAGUAGAUUUUUUGCUUGAUUUUUGCUUUUUCUUUUAGCACAUUUUUAACGCAUUAUGUAUAAUAUGUUAGAAGAUGCUUCUUCACUCAAGUCAGAAGUAUCUUCUCAUGGAUAAAAUGUCAAAUUUGGAGUAAAGAAGUGUGUUUUGCGCUUCUAAGAGUUAAAUAUAUAUAGCUGAUUAUUAUGCUUUGAACAGAGGGACAAUACCAGAUGAAAUUUUCAAUAAACAUUCAAAUAGAAAACAGGCUCCUGGAGUUCAAGUCUUAAAAAACAGCAAACUUUAUUCUCCCCUUAGGGGUUUAAAAUCUAAUAUAUAUCCAGUCUGGUAGUACAAAGCCUUAUCUCAGCCGGUGGUGAUGGGGCCUUAUGAGAACCCUGUACAUUGCAAAGCUCGUUAUUAUUCACUUGUUUUGUUUAUAGUGUCCUCCUGGUUUAUACUUUUAUGGAGAGCAGUAAAACCGUUGCCAACUAAAACCUACAUUGCAAAGCUUCCAUUAUAUCGAUUAUCCAUAUUGUGUUUCACUUGCUUAAUUGACAGCGCCCGCCCUGCUUAUACCUAAAUGAGUAUCACAUGGUAGUCAUUGAUUAAAAACCAAAAAAGAACAAAGAAAAAUACACCAGUUGGACCUACCAGAUACAUUGGUCCAGGGCUUAACCAUUAAUUCAAAAUUACAAUGUUUUGUAGAUCCCAAUUGUUAAAACAGAUACAGUAGUACACAAUUCAACCUUAUCAUAAAUAGUCAUCCAAUACCCAUAUAGUGUGUACUUUGUAAGUGGUAAAAAAUAUAGUUCACGAAGUUCCUUCACUGAUCUGUCUAGUGAGCACUUAAAACUUAACAGUAUAAAUAAAAUAGUAGGGAACAUACAAAAAGGCUUUAUUAAAAUAAUAGCCAAAAGGAUCGUAUUAUAAUUAUAUUGGUAUUAUGUCCACUUGACAUUAUAAGUGACAUAACAUAGGGAGAAAGGCCGAUAAUGAGCCUAAAUAUUAGGGAUCGACCGAUAUUGAAUUUUUAGAGCCGAUACCGAUAAUCUGUGAACUUUCAGGCCGAUAGCUGAUAACUUGCCGAUAUUCUGUACAUUUACCAUUUUGAAAAAAUAAACAAUUUCUAAAGGUAGAUGCACAAAAUAUACAUGCCACAUGUAGUGGAUGCAGUGUGUUUAGACAGCGGAGCUGUGUGUGUUUGUGUAGUGUGUGUGUAGUAGAUGCAGUGUGUAUUUGUGUAGUGUGUAUAUAAUGAAUGCAGAGUGUGUGUGUGUUUGUGUAGUGUGUGUAUAUAAUGAAUGCAGAGUGUGUUAUUGUGUAGUGUGUAUAUAAUAAAUGCAGAGUGUGUGUGUGUUUGUGUAGUGUGUGUAUAGUGAAUGCAUUGUGUUUGCGUAGUGUGUGUAUAUAAUGUAGAGUGUGUGUGUGUCUGUGUUUCUGUAGGUAUGUAAUUUGUGUAAUAUUGGGGUGGAUGGUGGGCAUUUUUUCAUGUUUACUUGGCCAGGAAGGGGGGAUCUGACAUUCCCAGGUGGUCUGGUGGCAUGGACUGUGCAGUGGGGGCCUGCAGCAAGCUCUUACUUACCUUCCCAGCAGCUCCCCUGUCUACAUUUCGCGGCCAGCGUGCCGCGCGGAGCCUUGUCAUGGCUCUGAUGGCCGCGGGACUCGCGAGAGUUAGACAAGGGAGCUGCUUGGAAGGUAAGUAAGAGCUUGCUGCGGCCCCUCCAGGACCGCCCGGCUUGUAAUGGGCCCGGCGGUCCUGGUAUGUAUUAUCGGCAAUAUCAGUAUCUCUAUAGGCCGAUACCGAUAUUGCCAAAAAUACAGAAUAUCGGCCGAUAAUAUCAGCCAUACCGAUAAUCGGUCGGUUCCCACUAAAUAUAUAACAGUUAUAUAUGUAAAAAAAAGAUAUAACAGUUAUAUUCAUAUAUGAGGGCUAUAUACAAACAGGCAGUCUAGAUGGCCAAUCAUAGGGUUCCCAGAUAGAUUGACUAAGGAGGGGUUAACUUUCCUGAGCUGUGGUGGUUUUUUUUCAUCUUGCCAUUUACAUUUGUGGUGUGCGCAACGAUCAAUUUGUCUUGAUAGUUAUAUUGUACAUAACUAAACAUGUGAUGGUUCUUAUAUUGACCAAUUGGUACCUGCUGAGAUAAGGCACUGUAUGGAAACUAUUGGAUGCGUAUUGAAUUUUAAACCCCAAAAUGGGGAAUAAAGUGUUCUCUAUUGGAAAGUGUUCUUUGAAUGACUUACCAUCCAUAUAUCUGGAGCCAGAGUGAGUACACAAAUUUUUCUAUAUUAUGUAUAUAUAUAUAUUAGAGCGCUACAAGAAAAGGACACCCAUGGAGAGGUGGAUUUGCGAAGUAAUUUCAGUAAGCCCAUAUUAAAUCUUCUGCAGCCACUACAACUGGAAGUUGAUUUUUCAGUUCUUUGUUGCAAGUAGUGAGGCUCAGCACAAUACUAUGUGCUUUGUGAGCUAAUGGAAUAGGCUCUUAACCAAAUUUUAGGUAAACUGUGUGUACAUUUGUUUAUUACAAUAUUUUGUUUUAAAUAUUUUGCUGUUCUUGUUGCAGUCCCCUUCUAUGCAAUCUUCAUACCCAAUGGACUUUUUACCUCCGAUUUGGCCAACUUUUGAUAGUGAUGAGUCCAAGAGAGAUGACGUGAAUUUAGAGGAUGUUUUCCAGAUUGUUGAUGAGCUAAAUUCUUCUUCCAAAGUAGAAAUAGUGAAUGUAGACACUCUAGAAAGUGAAGCUGGGACAUUGUCACCAUCAAAUAAAAAUCAAGUACCAGUGACCCUUGACACAAAAGGUAUGGGGGACUGUUGCAGUCAAGUUAAUCAGCUGGAGCCCCUUACACCUGUACAUACUGAUAUUGCAGCCUAUGUGACAGAAGCUGAUCCCUCGAUUGCUGUUCCUGUACCACAGGCUUCUGAUUAUGUUUAUCCCAUCCAGAAAGAAAUAUGUAAUAGAAUGUCUUCAAAGACUAAUACAGAGGAAUCAGAAAUAUCUAUAAAAUCGGAAAAAGAUGAUAAUCAAUCAGAGCAUGCAUUAACAUUAAUAAAGCAAGAAUAUUCUUCAUGCCCUCUCAAGGUAACAUUAUUUGGUUCUGUAAUAAAUGGCUUGCCAAAACUUUAAUAUUGUUAAUUGAGUAGCCAAAAUUAAUACUCAACAUUAUUUAUUUAGCAGAAUGGAGAUUUGUACUACAGCCAGCUAUAGUUAUAUAUUCAAACUGAAUGAAAAAGGAAGAGUCACGGUUUAUAUCAAAAUGAUAAUUUGACAUUAAACCAUGACGCCGCUCUUAAACACCCUAGGCCCUAGUUUCUCAACCAAGAGGUGGUAGCUCGUGGAGAAUGGAGGCGGAGCAGUAAUCUUCAUGAUCUUCUAGAACGGCUCCCUUGCGUGCCCUUUGGUGAUGCAAAGAACCAGGUUCUGAUGUCACUCUGGCCCUGGCAUCACUAAACAGCGCACGAAGGAGCAGUGCUGGAAGAGCACGACGAUAACUGCUCCCAACCGCCUCUGCCUCUAUUCUCCAUGAGACGGCCACCGAUUGUGUAUGCCCCCUGGGGUACACAUACCCAACAUUGGACCCAAGACAAAGGAUCCCAAUUGGUAAUUAAAAUUAUACCAAAAAAAAUAAUUUGUGUGUGUGAGAGAAUUUGUAUGUGUCUGUCAGUAAGUGUGUGUCUUCCAGUGAAUGUGUGUGUGUGUGUCUGUUUGUCAGUGUGUCAGUCUGUCAGUGUGUCAGUCAGUCAUGUGUGUCUGUCAUUGUGUGUUUGUCAGUGAGUGUGUGUGCGCAUUAGUGCGUAAAUUUGUGUGUGUUAGUUCUCUCUAUGUGUAAAUGUGUUUGUGUCAGUGUCCUCUAUGUGUAAGUGUGUAUGUGUGUAAAUAUGUGUGUUAAUGUCCACGAUGUAAAUGUGUGUUUGUCAGUGUCCUCUGUGUGUGUGUCGGUGUCCACUGUGUGUAAAUGUGUGUGUGUCCUAUGAUUGUAACUGUGUGUGUCAGUGUCCUCUGUGUGAAAAUGUGUGUGUGUUAAUUUCCUCUGUGUGUAAAUGUGUGUUUGUCAGUGUCCUCUAUGUGUGUGUGUGUCUUUUAUACUUCAGAUUCAUAGUUCAUACACUUCUCUUUACAGACACAAUAUUCACCUUAUGUCAUAUUUAAUUAAAACAUUUUUUACUACUGUUAAUAAGAUUUGCUUUUCAAUAUGGCAGGGCUUCCCAAACUUUUAUGGGCUGAGACCCACUUUUGAAAACGGUAAUUUUUUGAGACCCACUUGCUUUUAAUGCAUAUUUUAAAAAUGAAUAAACUUGGCACAUCAUGACAGCUUUAAAGGCAUAAAACUGGCACAUCAUGGCAAACAGUUAUAGAGGCAUACAAUUGGCACAACAUGGAAUUCAUCUUUAAAACCAUACAAUUGGCACACCAUGACAAUUAGCUUUAGAGGCAUAACAUUGGCACACCAUGGCAAUCCUUUUUAGAUGCAUAAAAUUGCCACAUCAUGGCAAUCAGCUUUAGAUGCAUAAAAUUGGCAUAUGGCAGCUUUAGAGGCAUAAAAUUGUCACAUAAUUGAAAUCAGCUUUAAAAGCAUACAAUUGGCACACCAUGACAAUCCGCUUUAGAAGCAUAAAGUAGGCACACCAUGGCAAUCAGUUUUUGAUGCAAAGAAAUGGCACAUCAUGGCAAUCAGCUUUAGAAGCAUAAACUUGCCACAUCAUGGCAAUCAGCUUUAGAUGCAUACAAUUGGCACACCAUGGCAACCCGCUUUAGAUGCAUACAAUUGGCACACCAUGGCAAUCAGCUUUAGAAGCAUAAACUAGGCACACCAUGGCAAUCAGUUUUAGAUGCAUAAAAUUGUCACAUCAUGGCAAUCCGCUUUAGAUGCAUACAAUUGGCACACCAUGACAAUCAGCUUUAGAUACAUAGAAUUGGCACAGCGUGGCAAUCAGGUUUACAAGCAUAAACUAGGCACAUCAUGGCAAUCCGCUUUAGGGGCAUACACUUGGCACACUAUGGAAAUCAGUUUUAGAUGCAUAAAAGUGGCACACCAUGGCAGUUUUAGAGGCAUACAAUUGGCACACCAUGGCAAUCUGCUUUAGAUGGAUACAAUUGGCACACCAUGGCAUUCAGCUUGAGAUGCAUAAACUUGACUCAUGGCAAUCAGUUUUAAAUGCAUAAACUUGGCACAUUAUGGCAACCAGUUUUAGAUGAAUAAACCUGGCAUAUCAUGGCAGAUUGAGAGGCAUCGUUUUGGUAUAUCAUGGCAGUUGUAGAGGCAUAAUUCUGGGAUUUGGCAGUUUUAGAGGCUUAAUUUUGGUAUAUCAUGGCAGUUUUAGUGGCAGAAACUUAACAUAUCAUGGCAAUCUGUUUUAGAGACAUACAACUAGUUACUCACAGACUCAGGCAGAAUCAUAAGCGCUGUGUCCCUCUCUUUCAUCCAGACAUCUCAAGUUGAGGAUCCCAGUGGUAGAUCCCCAUCUGUCGGAGAACUCCAACAAUGCAAUCCAGCUGAAGAUCUACCAUUUGCCCAGCGUUGCAGGGUUGUAUUUGUGAGCAGUGUUUGAGCGUUUGAAUGUAAGCGUGUUUUUGUAUGAAGUAUAUGUGUUGAUGUAUGGGUGUAUUUGUAUGUAAGCAUGUAAGCUCAUCGAGCAGGGCCCUCAACCCCCUCUGUUCCUGUACGUCAGUGGUCUGAUCUCAAUUAUGUGUCUGUUGGUCCACCCAUUGUACAGCGCUACGGAAUUUGUUGGCGCUAUAUAAAUAAUAAAAUAAUAAUAAUAAAAUAAUAAUAAUAAUGUACUGUUGACAUUGGAAUGUAGUGGUGUACUUGUGUGUAGUGCUUGCAUCUGAAUGCAAGGGUAUUUGUAUGUAGUGAUGCAUUUUAAAUACAGAUGUGCUUUAAUGUGUAGUGUUGGUGUUUGAAUGAAGGGCUGUUUAUAUAUAAUUUUAGUGUUUUAAUACAGGGGUGUGUUUGUUGCGUUUGACUGCAGUGCAUGUGCAGUGGAUGCAGUGUGUGUAUAUUGUGUAUUUAAAAAUAUAUACAAUGUGUGUUUGAUUAUAAGCAUGGAGUAUGUGUGUGAAUGUACAUGUUUGAAUGCAGGUAUGCAUUUGUGUGUUGUGUAUACACUUACACACACACUGAGACACAUACUCAUACAGUAACACACACGCAUGCAAAUACCCAGACUGACAAAGCAGUACACAUGCAGGCACACACAAUGACACGUUACACACACUGACACAAAUACACAGACACUCAUGUACAGACACACACACACACACACAGGGUAGGUGAGGGUGACAGUGAAGGUGAGGGUGACAGUGUUGUGAGGAUGAUAGUGUGGAGGGGAGGGGAGGUUGACAGGGUGGGGGGUGAGGGGAGGUGAGGGUGACAGUGUGGGGGAUGGGGGUGACAGUGGGGAAGGAGGUGGGGUUGACAGUGUGGGGGAUGAGGGUGACAGUGUGGGUGAGGUAAGGGGUGACAAUGUGGGAGGUGAGGGUGACAAUGUGGGGGAGGUGAGGGUGACAAUGUGGGAGGUGAGGGUGACAAUGGGGAGUUAGGGUGAUGUGGGGGGAGGUGGGGUGACAAUGUGGGGGUUAGGUGAGGGUGACAAUGUGGGGAGGUGAGGGUGACAAUGUGGGUGGGGAGGUGAGGGUGACAAUGUAGGGGUGGAGGUGACAAUGUGGGGAGGUGAGGGUGACAAUGUGGGGAGGCGAGGGUGACAAUGUGGGAGGUGAGGGUGACAAUGUGGGGAGGUGAGGGUGACAAUGUGGGGGAGGAGGUGAGGGUGAAAGCCAUUCAAAUACCUUUUUCUGCAGUCCCUAGUGAUCCAGUGGUCUCUUCUCCUUCCUUCCUCCCUGGUGGUCUGGUGGCUCUUGCUGUCCGGUCUGCAGCUUCCCCUGCGCCGCGGGCAGACCAUGCAGACAUAGUCUCGCUAGCUCUGGCACGUGUAGUCUCAGAGCAUUACCGCGGUAAUCCGCGGUAAUGCUCUGUGAUUGGCCGAGCUAGCUGACAGUUACUGCAUGGUCUGCCCGCGGCGGAGGGGAAGCUGCAGACCGGAAGGUGCGCAAGUAUUUCUCCCCAUUUCAGAGGACCCCUGAACCCAGUGGCACAUAUUGCAAGCCCCUGGGCACCCUUCGAGGGUCUGACUGUCUCCCGGCGUGGGUCAGUGUGAUCAGCCGGCGACCCACAAUUUGGGAAACCGUGCAAUAUGGAAUUAACUUAAAGGAACACUAUAGGGUCAGAAACACAUAUAUUCCUGACCCUAUAGUGUUAAAAUACUAUCUAGCCUCCCCUGGCCCACCUUGCCCUCCUAUAUAUAGUAAAAUGUUACCUUUAUUCCAGUCUGCUGGUGUUUGCUCGGUCCCUGAUCUGUCUCCUUUACUGACAUCAUCAGAAGUGAUGAUCUCAGCCAAUCACAAUGCUUUUCCAUAGAAAAGCAUUGGAUUGGCUGAGAUUGUCAAUUCUGAUGAUCUCAGCCAAGCCUGGCCAAUCAGCAUCUCUUAAUUAGAUGCUUUGAAUCAAUGCAUCUCUAUGAGGAAAGUUCAGUGUCUCCCUCUCAAUUAAGUUGUUAUGGUGCCAGGAUGCCCCAGAGCGUACUGUUACCUUCAGGGGUUAAACCGUUCUCAAAUGCUUUGUCUCACAAGUACAACAGUACCCCCAAUAUACAGGUUUUAUUUGAUUUUGGUCAGAUAUAGGCCUUACAAAUGACAUUAACUUUUACCAAGAUAAAAUAGUACUAAAAAUCCUAAACUAUGUUGUUAAUUACCUAAACCACACUUCCAAUAAAAAGGAAUACUAUAUAUUUUAUGCAAAUACUAUAUGCUACAUGUACAAGAAGAUUAAUAAAGAUUGAACACAAAUAAAUAAAUAUGCAAUACAAAAAAUCCUCUCUAUUAAUAAAACUAAAAUAGAGACAUAUAAAAUGUAAGCAGAGUAAAAAUAAUAAUACAAUAAAAUAACUGUUCCUCACAAUAAAUCUGCCUAUUAAAAGUUCAAUUUUUGGAUGUACACAUUGAAGUUAAAAUUAGUUCAGAAGUGAGUUGUCUCAAAGUCUCUUAUGACAAAGAGUAAAUAGUCUAACAAACCAUUAAUAUAAAGAGCAGUCAGAGUGAUCUUAAUGCAGCUCCAAGAAGGUAGGAGCUGUGUUACUCGUUUUGUGAUUAUUCUGCUCUUACUAGAGUUGCAUUCACUUGUUCAGGUGGCUCCCUAAAGAAGUGAGUGCAACUCACGAAACUCAUCGGAACAGAAUGAUCAGCUUUCUGCUCUUGAUUGUUUUAUUUUUGUAUUUUUUACAGAGAGAGAUGAAUCCCAAUAAUUUACUUAUGGGGCAAAUACAAUACCAGGUUGCUGAAAAAGAAACUUCAACACAUGACAGGUCGGGUAAGUAUAAAAUCUACUUAGUGUACGGUUUACUAUUGAAAUAUUGGUGAACAUUGUACAUUGCAGUGUUAAUUUUGACAGCAAAUUUCGUUUUAGCCAUAGUCUUUUGACUACAAAAAGCCAUUUAAGUUUUAGUCAUAUUUUAGUCAUCUGAAUUGUUUUAGUCAACUAAAUCUCCAGUAGAUUUUAGUCUACACAACUAAACUCUAAUGGGUUUAGUUAAAGCCUCUAUCUGUCUCUUGUGCCCCUUCCCCAGUCCCUUUGUGUCUCUUUGUCACCCCCCCCAGCUCAUCUAGGUGUCUCUCUUCCAAGCCGCAGUCUGUCUCUUGCCCCUUUCACAGCCCCUCUGUGGCUUUUUGCUCCCUCCCAGCCCCUCUGUUUGUCUUUCUCUCCAUAACCCGAUUUGUGGGUGUCUUCCCCCCAGCACCAUGUCUUUUUUCACCAUCUCCUCUCCCCACGGAUCUCAUUCCCCCGGCUCCCAUGUGUCUCAAUUCCGCCCUCAGCCCCUCCACGUUUCAUUCCCCCCAAGCCUCUCCAUGUGCUCAUCCCCCCAGUCCCUCCAUGUGUCUCAUUCUCCCAGCCCUUAUUGUGUCUCUUUCUCCCAGCCCCCUUAUGUGUUUCAUUCUACCAGCUCCUUCAAUUGUCUCAUUCCCUUAGGCCCCCAUGUGUCUCAAUCCUAAAGUUGCCCAUAUGUCUUAUUCCCUCAGCCCCCCAUGUGUCUAAUUUCCUCUGAUCAGCCCCCCCCCCCCCAUGUGUCUUACCCACCAGUGUUAAUGUUGGUGGCAAAUUUCUAUUUAGUUUUAGUCAUAGUCUUUUGACUAAAAAGGUAUUUUAGUAUUAGUCAUAUUUUAGUCAUCUGAAUUGUUUUAGUUUUAGCAAGUUUUAGCCAACUAAAUCGCAAAAAGUUUAGUCGACUAAAAUUGUUAGUCGACAAAAUUUAACACUUGUACGUUGGGAACUUUGACCAUAAUUUUUUCUUAUUUUUAUUUAAAAUUUUGAAAUCCCAGUUUUAAUUCUUCAUAGAUCCCAGUUUUCUAAAUAAACCCAUUAAGUCGUAUAUCCUUCUUCCUCUAUUAGUUCACUUUCAGAUAUGAUAUAUACCAUAUUUUUAAGGCCAAAUGGGACUUUCUUAUAUGUUAUACAAUUAACAUAUCGCUUGAUAUGAAUAAAAAAAGUGCAUUAGAUUCUACCAUUUAUCUGGAAGUAACAGGACCAGACUUAAAUUAUGCAUUUUUACAGUUUCUCUCUCUUCUAGUUAACCUUUCUACCUUCCUUCUAUAAUUGCCUCCUCUAUCCUACUCUUUCCUCUAUAGCGUUUUAUUGUAAUAUUCACUUUCUUCUGCCAUUUCCAUUAUAUCCCUACCUUCAUUCUAUAUAGAGUGUCCCGUCAAGGUUAUCAAUUUAGUCAUUUAACGUUUGCAAAAGUAAUGUGAGGAUCAUAUAUCUCCCUUUCCCAUUUGUGCGUAUGGCCAGCAAUUUUGUCUAUUAAUAUGAAGAGUCCAGCGUUUUUGGUCCAAGGUCAUGGUGUGGAAACUAAAGAGGUAAUUGUGGGAGGAGAGAUAUGGGUGUUUAGUUUGCAUGUAAGCAGCAGGUAAUAAGCACUUUUGCUGUAACUGUCUCUCUAAAUAUCUGGUUUGACUGCCUUUAAAUGAGAUGUUUUGCCCUCUUACAGAAAUGGUUAGACAUUUUAACUGCACGGUGCAGGCGUACAUGAAGUUUGGGUAGGCUAUACACAAGGCCUAAUGAGGAGGGCAGACAUGUGCCCUGUAAGAUGAUAGUUUCUUAUGACAAAGGAGGGGAACAUAAAAUGCAAAAGGGGAACAUUGGUAAAUUGCACCAAGAGCAUGUAUAAGCAACAUAAGGCACAAAAACAUUACAGGUAUUAAAAGAGAACUGUACAUCAAUGUAAAUAGAAACCAACUUACCAGAAUCCAGACCACCCAACUGCAGCCUUUGGGGGAAUCAGUCCCAUAUUAAAAAUGAUACAACUAGUUCGGGGUCCCAAUCAGCGACUGUGGUGAUCCAUACCUGUAAACUGAUACCAACAUGAGAUUUUGUGAGUCCAAUUAGCAGUCAAAUAGGUCAUGGCCUUGUGGGUAGUGAAAGACUUUACCCAGGAAGGACAGUAAGUAGAAUACUAUGGAUGAAAGUAAGUAGGUUGUUUCCUCUGUCAGAGCAUAGAGGUUAGGCUGCAAGACUGUCAAUGGAGAGUGGAAUCUGGAAGACAGAGGAGAUAUUUUCUGACUGUUUUCAAUUCCAGUGAGAGCUUAGGUUCAGCUGAGGCUUGGUUGGGUGCGAUUCAUGACCUUUACAGGGUGUGUCCCAUUAUUUCAAUAACGUCAGACUUCCUUGCGGUGUUGUUACCACUACCAUAGAUACAUUUUUUGGAGACCAAACAUUGAUAUGAUAUUUGCUAGUUUUGUAAAGCAGACGUGACAUCAGAUAAUUCCCUCUGAAAUGUUAUGGUAAAUUAGGGAAGGUUUGUAUGUCUGUGAAUGCAUUCAGGUGGGCAAACCUAGUAUUCAGAGUGUUUAGCGGACGUAGAUCUUCUCAAUCUGAGCUUUAGUGGUGUAGUAGUGGAUGCAAUAGGAGGAUUCCAUGGUGUCCUAGGCAGGUUACUGGUUUGAGGCCACCUGUUCAUUGUUCACAUAGGGAUGGUGAGUGGGGCCAAGGAUAUUCAUGGCUCCAUGGUCCCUGUCUAAUCCCUGGCUAUAGGCAGCCAACUAAAGUCGGCUUGUGGUUAAUCCUGGGUUAUUAAAUAAACAUUUUUCCUGCUCUGUAAUCAUAAAAUCAAAGAAUGCUAAAAGAAUAAUAUAUUUGUGCGUGAUUUUAUAUGGUGGUUAUGGACUUUCCUUUUUAUGAUAUGGCAACCAUAUUUUAGAGCACUGUGUUAAAAGAGAUAGUUGCUGAGCAGGUAUGUAAGUUUCAUUACAAUUGUGCUCAGAAGAACACAGUAACAUACUGAAAGUAGUCGAUAAUUUGUUGCUAUGUUUCCACAACAGAUCUCACCCUUUUAGUAGAUGUCGCCUGCAAGGAGGAACAGUUUUCAAAAGAGAGGAUCAUAGAGGAACAUUUAUGAAGUCAUACAUUGUGACAACAAUGCCAGUUGAGGGUUAACAUGUUUCAAUGGUACCUGCUAGCCAAACGCUUAAUAAUUACAGUUAAUGUUGUGGUACUUUAUGAAGAACUGUUACAAUACUUUUAUGGUUUGUUUUGGAAUCACAAAUUAUUGGGACACUCUAAGCAUCAAAACAAAUUUAGCUUAAUGAAGUUGUUUUGGUAUAUAAAUCAUGCCUCUGCAGUUUCACUGCUCAAUUCUCUAAAUCACUUUUGUUUUUUGUUUUUUGUUUAUUCAGCCUUAGCCACACCUCCCCUGGCUGUGACUCAAAAAGCAUCCAUGAAAAAUAGGGUUUCAUUUUCAAACCAGUCUUACAACACAAAGUGUUUACUUUAGAAGUCUUUAUCUCCUGCUCUGUUAAUUGAACCUUAAUCACACGCAAGAGGCUGCUGCAGGCUCUAGCAGGUAAUUAAGAGAGCAGGAAAUAAGACAUUUUAAAUUAAACACAUUAGGCAAUAAGAUAAAGAAUGUAUACUCUUUUCUUUUCAGGGACUGGGUAUGGAGGCUGUGGUCACAGCCAAGGAUGUUAUUAUUCUUAGCAUUUAGUUGUAGCUAAGGUUUCAUAAACAAAGUUAUUUAACUCCUAAAUGGCAGAGAACUGCAGAGGCAUAAUCUGUACUCCAAAACAACACUAUUACUAUAAAGUUUUUUUAGUACUUAGAGAGUUUUUAAGUCUUUACAGAGUAUGUUUUGUUAUAUAGGUUUUUGCCUGGUCUUACAAAAACUAGCAAAAUAUGAUUCUACAGGUUGUUAGAAAUAUAAAAAUAAAAGGAUUUGUUAGGAGAUGGAUAUAUUAAAAGCUUAUGACAUUCACGGUAAGUUAAAAUUUUAGCUAUCUUUUAGGGAAUAUGGUUUUCUUUAAGGUUUUCAAUAAAUCAGUACUUUGUUUAGAAUUGCGUUUGUUUUGUAAAUGUAUUUAUGUGGGAAACAUUUUACAAUUUUAAAUGAAACAUUUUUACAAAAUGUAGACAUGCUGUACUUACUCUUUUUAAACAUGCUUUUAUUCAAAAAUAUAAUAUAUUCUUUUAAAAACUAUAGAAAGUUUACUAUUUGUAGAUAUAUUUUAUUGGCAUGUGGAAUGCAAAGUGUCACUUGUGUAUUUACCAGGAAACUUACUUAUUUACUUUAGAAUAUUGAGAAUUAUAAUUACAACGCUUACUCUGGGAAGGCAUUUAAUGGAAAAGACUACUGAAAUUCAAUGUGGGCUAGUGAUCUGUAGAAAGGACUAGUGGUAUAGUUAGCGAGUGGGCUAGUUAAAUGGGAAAGGAAAAGCAGGAAAACAUGAUUAGGAAGGAGGCAAGUGUCUUGAUGAGGGAGAAGGCAUGUGACAUUGUGAUAUUAAUUACCCCCUUUACCUUCUAGUACCUCCUAAAAUACCACCCUCCAGACACACAGGUGGAGGAAGAUGUGACGAUAAGCACUGAGCUAUAG